GAAGGCUCAGAGGAGCCUGGAUAGAGUUUGGUCAAGGAAAGAGUCUUUGGCAGGUCUCUCCCUCUUGUUAAAGGAAAGAAGAGAUGUUCUUUCUGCUGAAUAAUAUAAGCCCAUUUCCAUUUGAUCACCUUUUGUUGAACCAUCUGUUGGAACUUGCUAGUAGAGGGUACUUGCUGGAUGGUGCCAGUGAUCAGGCAUUUAAUGAGGGGCAUUUCUAUGGGAACAGAAAGAAAAGCAAAGAUUAAGGGUUGGAACUGACCGUAAACCUGAUUUUUGAGUCCCACAGAUGGCCAGUUGGGAAGAGUUUAGACAUUGACCCCUAACAUCUCUAGGUUGUGGAGUGAGGACCAUUGUGGAAAUCCGGUGGAUUUCCCAGUUUGCAGUUUUGAGUGUUUAUGGUCAUAUAGUAUAGACAUCAGUGUCACAGUCAAGAUUAUUUCUCCAAGCAGAGCAUGGAAGAUGUGGGAAUUCCCAUGGACUUCUGAGUGGCCCAUGCAGCUGCAGCUCCAGGAAUGAAGAUGCUGGAGGCCCCACCACUGCUGUUGGCCGCCUUCUCAUUGGGCCUGGUGCUGCUGGUGCUGCUGCUGUGCCACUCCUACUCGGGCUUUCUCCUUAUCUGCUGGAAUGAGUUCGUCCUGCAGCCCCUCUACAACCUGUUCAUGGGCGAUACCAAGGAGCAGCGCAUCCUGCGUCAUGUGCUGCAGCAUGCGGUGGCCGGGGACCCACAAAGUGUGCUGGAGGCCAUCGAUACCUACUGUUUACAGAAGGAGUGGGCUAUGAAUGUGGGUGACAAGAAAGGCCAGAUCUUGGAUGCAGUGGUGCGGGAGCAGCGCCCAUCGGUGCUGCUAGAGCUGGGGGCCUACUGCGGCUACUCAGCCGUGCGCAUGGCCCGCCUGCUGGAGCCCGGGGCCCGACUGCUCACCAUUGAGCUCAACCCUGACUACGCCGCCAUCACCCAGCAGAUGCUGGACUUUGCAGGCCUGCAGGACAGGGUAACCGUUGUGGUCGGGCCAUCCCAGGACAUCAUCCCCCAGCUGAAGAAGAAAUACGAUGUGGACAUGCUAGACAUGGUCUUCCUUGACCACUGGAAGGACCGGUACCUGCCAGACACUCUUCUCCUGGAGGAGUGUGGCCUGCUACGGAAGGGGACAGUGUUGCUGGCCGACAACGUCAUCUGCCCAGGAACACCAGAAUUCCUGGCAUAUGUGCGCAACUGCAGCCGCUUUGAGUGCACACACUUCACCUCGUACCUGGAGUACUCGACAGCAGUGGAUGGCCUCGAGAAGGCUGUCUACAUGGGCCUGGAUGGCCCAGCACAGCCUUGACCACCCACCCUGCUCCAGGCUCCCUUGCCAAGCUUGGUUAUGAAAAGCACAACAGAUGUACUCCCGCCAACCCUGCUUUUGCAGUUCUGGGGUCUGUCCUCAAUGUAGCACACUUGAGGCUUGUGAGGCCAAAGCCUGCCUACACUGGACCCUCUGCACGGCGACUCUGGGCUGUCACCACUGGUCCACCCUAAGUGCAGCCAGCUUACCGUGCAAAAUCACUGCAAUACAUCUGGAAAGUACGUUUGUAAAUACCAAUCAGGACAGGUGGUGCCUGUGAUGGUGUCACUCACUCCCACCAGCAUUUUUGAUCAAUUAGGUUUCUUACAUCGACAGGUCCUCAGGCACUGACAUAUUCACCAGACAUUGGAAGGGGGGGGGGGGGGGAAGUUGGGAACAUUUGGAAACUGUUGGGCUGUGCACUCAGUCUGUCCUUCAGGUCUGCCAUCACCAGGUGGCAGCAAUGCCUCAGUGAUGGCACUGUGCCCAACAACUCCUAUCCACUUGUGAUUCCUGCAUUCUUUCACCUUCUUGUAAAGAAUGAAACACAACUUUACUAACAUCAGCUCAGUGUUAAUAAUCCUAUAUGUCAGUAUCACAUUUAAAAGAUGCUAAAAGAGAAAUUAAAAAUCUAAAUACUUAAAUAAAAGAGAUCAACUUAGUGCUUCUUUUUAA